ACGGUUCUCGAGAAGGCGUGGCAACCCCUUUUCCAGUCAGGCCAGCCUACUGCAAGACUCAGCCAAUUUCUCCGAGGACUUGCCCUCCACAUCAUCGACGAUUAUGAACCGAAACGCAGUUUAGUCAUCCCACCAGCCAAGAUGCUUCAGUUUUUCGACGAUGUCAAACUUUCUACUGAAAUUUACCCAUGGCGUGAUGUCUUUGGCGGCCGCAUUAUGUGCGAGUCCAUAUCCAAGAUUUAUCGCGACCUGCGAUGCCAACAUCAUUUUGUCCAACUUGGCAAUCAUUCAGUUCCGGACAUCCCUGCUCUGACUCCGGAUGGAUUUGAUCGAUUCAUGACCACUCUCAUUCAAGCUCAUCCCGCUUUGGAGUAUGAGCGACUCGCGAAGGCUGUCUUGGACAUGCCCAUCAGUAACGCCGACAAUCCAAAGGAGCGUUUCCCCAAGGAGUUGAGUCAGAGGCUAUUCCCAACUUCCGACGACAUCACCCAACAGCAAAGAUUACACGCUGCUAUCUCGGCUGACCGAAAUAUUCAAUUACGUUCAAGCAAUCCCAUGCCCCCUCCACCCCCACCUUCAUCGGCACAGCCUCAAUCUCAGUCUCAACCAGGAUCGACCUCGCACCCAACUUCGGCCACAUAUGCUGAGAGAGAGCGUGCUCCCUACUCUGGUUACGCAUCCGCAAUAGAUGAGGAUGAUCUACGUACCACUCCGGCUCCAAUCGAGCGUCAGCGUCAGCCUUAUACAGCCAAGGAAGGCUCUGGAAAAAUCCAUGAAGAGGAUCGCUGGAGCACUGAUCGCUCAGACCAUGCAACCCGCACUACGCGUGCCAACUCUGCUGCACCUCAGCCGCAGUUCAGUCAGAGCAGACCUACAGACAUACCCAGCACUAGCCAGAGACAUCAUCGUCUUUCUGCCAGUGGGCAGCGACCCAAUCUGGGCACUCCUCCCAAUCUUGGUUACCCACCCAAUCCGUACACCAGGUCAGAAGGCACAAACGUGGGCGAGAUCCCAUCGACCCACUACAGUUCAAACUUGCACUCCGAUGAUCGCAGUAGAUAUCCGAGACGAGAAGAUGAGUCCAGGGAUGCGAGAGAUACCAAAAGAGCCUCAUGGUAUCCCUCUCGUGGCUACGAUUAUGACAGCGCACCUUACGACGACAAGCGGAGAACAAACGGU